GCCCAGGAAGCGAUCCUGAAGGCAAAGGAAAAAGAGAGGAAGGCCGCGGAAAAGGCAGGAAAAGAAAAACUUCCUGCAGCGGGAAUUCAAGCGACAGAGCCCGAAGGUCAGACACAAGUCGAGGCGCAGGCCUGCCAGUCGCCGAAGCUAGUAGCACCACAGAGCACUCAGGACUCCGGAACAGCAAAUAUGGAGGUGGAGACAGACUCCGUGAAAAAGCAAGAGGUUGUUGUCGACAAGCAGGACAAGGUCAAGCAAAAGGACAAGGACAAGGAGAAGGAUGUUAAGAAGGCAGAUGGUGAGAAGAGCAAAGACAAGCUGAAAGACAAGGAGAUUCAGUCAAAGAAGGAGUCUGAAAAAGACAAAGAGAAGACAAAAGAUAAGAAAGGAAGCAAAACAGACUCCAAAGUGAAGGAGAAGGAUAAUAACAAGGCCAAGGAGGCAGAGCAACACAAGGAGAAGAAAGACAAAGACAACGGGAAGGUGAACGAGUCCAACAAGGACUCGGACAAGGAGAAAGACAAAAACUCCAAGGAGAAACACAAGGACAACAGCAAAGCCAAAGACAAGUCGCGAUCAAGAUCGAGGCGGAGAGAGAAGUCGAGAUCGAGAUCAAGAUCGAAGGACAAGAAGAGAAAAGAAGGAUCACGAUCUAGGAAACGAAAAGAAAGAUCCAGGUCAAAGGACAAGAAGAAGCAGAAGGAGAAGGAGCGCAGCAAGGGCGAGGGUAAGGAGAAGAGGAGAAGGAGCAGCAGCUCUAGUUCGGCCUCACGAGCCAGGAGAAAGGAGAAAGCCCGCGCCAAAGAGAAAGAGAAGGAGAAAGACAAAAGGCAGAAAAAGAGCAAGUCUGACGACAGCUCUCGCGCAAAGAGAAAAGACAAGGCAGGAGCAUUGCCCGAUUUGGGAGGACCGGAGAAAAAGGCGGAAAAGCUCGUCAUCGUGAGCAUCUCAGGUCUUGAAAAAGGACCUCUGCCACCGUCGUCUCUACUCCGGACGUCUUCUGCCGGCUUGGAGAAAGCAGCACUGUCAAUCAGCAAGAGGAGCGCAACCGGAGAGAUCAUGGCAUGCUAUGUGGAUGGGAGUCAGCUGCGGGGCCACCCCGGAGAGGGCGAGAACGAAGAGACAGAAGCGCUGCUGAGCCAAGAGGAGUCCGGCACCGGACCCCCAGCAGAGAAAUAUUCCUCAAAGGGCAAGACUCCCAGCUCUUCGAGCCGUUGUUGGCCGCCUCCUGCAAAUGCCAGAAGCCCUCUGGCACUUUGCAUGGUGCUUGCAACCCUGAGUUUUACUAUCUGGACGCUGCCGGCUCCCACGUUGCUUGGGAAGCUGGACCUUUUGCGGCAAAGCUGGCGCCUGAACAAGGUACUGGAUGAAGUUUCCGAGUUGAGGGCCAAGAUCAAGGCUGCCGAACUUGAGAAGACCAACCUGGAGCAGGCUCUCGUGGCUGAGAAGGCACGGAGCGAAGAUCUCCGGGAGAGGCUGAGUGCAUCUGAUGGCACGACACAGUCCUCUAAAACGGAGUUGUCCAAUCAGCAGGACAUGGCCGGUGGUUUGCGGUCAGCGAACCAGAAGCUCGAGGAGGAGUUGGAGAAAGAGCAGACGGAGAGGAAGCGAAUCCUCCACGAUCUGCAACGUCUCAAGCGAACCGAACUCAAGGACUUGGAGAGUUUGGACUCCGAGAUAUCUGCCGUGGCACCGCCGGCACACUAG